AUGAAAUUUUUAACCGUAUUAGCUUUAUUCGCAUCUGUGUUAUUCUACUUCUUUGGCCAAGUCACUGCAGCAUCCAAGAAUUUACCAGAAAACCCGCCAAUUACAAACAAGGUGUUUUUCGACAUUGAAGAAGAUGGGAAAUCAAUUGGACGUGUAACCAUUGGAUUAUUCGGCACUGUGGUCCCCAAAACGGUUGAAAAUUUCAAAACCAUUGCCAUUUCAACUGAUCCAGAGCAACAAUAUACAGGAUCUAUUUUCCAUCGUGUUAUUAAAAAUUUUAUGAUUCAAGGUGGUGAUUAUGAAACUGGACAAGGAUAUGGUGGAAAAUCAAUUUAUGGAAACAAGUUUGCUGAUGAGAAUUUUGAUUUGAAACAUGAUCGUAAAUACAGAUUGAGUAUGGCCAAUGCUGGUAAAAACACCAAUGGAUCACAAUUUUUCAUCACUACUGCCGUGACUAGUUGGUUGGAUGGUAAACAUGUUGUGUUUGGUGAAGUUAUUGAUGGUAAAGACGUUGUUGAUUAUAUUGAAAAUGUCAAGACUAGUCGUGGUGAUCGUCCUGUUAAGGAGAUCAAGAUUGCCAAAGCCGGAGAAAUUGCAGUUGAGGAAGGUGAAGAGGCUCCAAAGGAAGGUGUACAAAAAGAUGAACUUUAA